AUGGCUAGCCGUGCACGACGCCAACAACCCGGGAGUCGCCCUGAGUUUCCGUGGUAUUCUUUUCCUAGGACUGUUGGGCCCGAGAUUUACGCAAGAUGGAAUGCAAAACUUGACUGGAUGAAGAAGCGAAAAGUCCAUGUUCCUGUAGUUGUAGAUUGGCACUGGAUUGGACAAACCGGGUUAAUGGAGGGAAUUGAGCCAUACUUGGACAAAGCAUUCAAUAGCAUUCAUGGGCCGUUUGUUUGUAUGGGGUGGAGACGGCUAUUUGAAAUUCAGGAAGGCGUGUAUAAGGAGUUAGUCGUCGAGUUUCUGGCCACGGUUUAUUUUGCACGGAAGGAUGGUAUUUUUGUUGAAGACAACCUUUCUUUUUGCCUUGGUGGAAAAAGGCGUACCUUAAGCCUUGCUGAUUUUACGCUAAGGACGCAUAUUUAUCUUCCAUCUGAGGUCCAUUCCGAAGCUUAUGAACAAUAUAUUGCUAGAUGUAUUCAGAUUACCAAGGGGUUCAAAGCGGAAACACAUUGGAAUGAAAUAGAAAAUGGUGCUUAUGAUAAGGGGACUACGCAAGAAAUUGACAUUCGCUCUCCUCUUCAUCGUCUUUUGCACCGGCUUAUCACAAACACCAUUAAUCAGAGACAGGAGGGGGACAAGUGUCCAACAAUAUACGUGUUUUUCUUAUGGGCUCUUAUCACCCCCGAUGUUUAUGUGGACUUACGAUCCUUGUUGGCGGAUUUUCUUGUGGCCCGAGCAGGAAAGGAUAGGUUAGGUUCUCCUAUUUACGGGGGUAUGUUGAUCACUCGACUUGCAUGUUAUUUUGGAAUCCUUGAUAAGCGCGAGGCCGUGUUUUUGACUGUGGAGUCCCAUAAGCCUUUCUCUACACUAUUUUAUAAGAGGGCAGAUAUCGAUGUUGAUCAUGGGAUGGGUGGUUUUGCUAUUCCUGACGAUACUCCACGAGGCCGAGUCCCGAGGCGGGUAAGACAAAGAAGGGAGACUGAAGAAGAAGAACCACCAUUUGUACCAACCGAUGACGAGCUACCCAUGGAUCCCUAUAGAAUUUCAAGGAGGAGGUUUGAUGAUAAUUUGGCAAGGAGUGCCAACUACACCAAAAAGUUCAUUUUCCUCCUGCUUACCCAUACGCACCGAGUUGGGAGGAAUUGUGGAGAGAGCAACGCGGUGGAGCGGGCGGUAGUGGAGGAGGAAGUGAUGAUGGAGAUGAUGAAUAAUGAGCGUUCUAUCCUUUUAUUUUAG